AUGAAGGGAACCUGGGCUGUCGUCCUUUGUUCACUGCUCCUGAUUGCAGCUGAAAUUCAAGGGCAGCUGACCUCGGGACAAGGACGUUGCAGCUGCACAGAGAAAGGUUCUAAUUUCAUUCAGCCAAAAGCCUUAGGAAAAAUAGAAGUGAUUCCCAAGAGCUCUUCCUGUGACCAUGUUGAGAUCAUUGCGACAAUUAAGUCCACUGGAGAGCAAAGAUGCUUGAACCCGAAUGCCAAAUGGGUGGAGAAGAUGAUGACAGCCCUCAUCAAGAAAAGGUCUUCACAAAGCACUCACCGGUAA